CCGGAAGUAGCGGCGCGGAGCGGGCGGUGGGGCUAGGGUCGUUUUUGUCACAGUCGUCAUGGCAGUGCGGGGCCCGGGCUCCUCCGAGCACCUGGAGCGGCUACACGAGAUCUUCCGGGAGCUGCAUGGGCAGCUGCGCGGCCUCCCCGAGCGCCUGCGGGGCGGCCUGGCCGAAGAGAAGAAGAAACUAAUACGAGAAUUUGAUGAGAAACAACGGGAAGCAAAUGAAACGCUGCGGGAGAUGGAAGAAGAAUUGAAGCAUGCGCCACUGCCCUUCCGCAACCAAAUGAUGAGCAAGAUCCGGGCCUACAAGAGAGACCUGUCAAUGUUCCAGAGAGAGAUGAGAGUCACAGAUCUGGGCUUGGUUCCUGGCAAUCGGGGAGACACAAAAUAUGGAAUCUACUCCAUGGAAAAUGAGCAGAGUACUCAGCUGCAGUCUCAAAGGGUGCUGCUUCUCCAGGGCACAGAUAGCUUGAACCGAGCCACUCAGAGCAUUGAGCGUUCACACCAAAUUUCUGCAGAGACUGAUCAGAUUGGUACCAAUAUAAUCGAGGAACUUGGGGAGCAGCGAGAGCAGCUGGAACGCACCAGAGGCAGAUUGGUGAACACAAAUGAGAACUUAAGCAAGAGUCGUAAGAUCCUUCGUUCCAUGUCCAGAAAAGUAACUACAAACAAGUUGCUGCUGUCUGUCAUCAUCAUCCUGGAACUAGCCAUCUUGGGAGGUGUGGUCUACUACAAGUUCUUCCGGAAAAGCUGAGCUUUCAUGGCAGAGACUGGUUUUCAUAACUGUCCAUCAAGGAUCAUAUGUUGACAGUGUAGCUGAGUUAUUGGAAGGCAGUAGCUCCAGAAAAGUGGAUGGGACAGCUCUUCCUAGUGAAGGGUCCUGUGAUUGAACUGUCAGGUUUGACAGCACGCUCAAAAUGAAACUGUACUAACUCUAGGCGGGCACCAAGUGAUGGUAAAAGAGAAAAUGCAGAGACACUGAUUGAAGUCAUGGUAAGACUAAUAACAAAGGUAAUAAAUGUUUUAUUACACAUUCAA